AUGAAAAGUUUUGUUGGUUGUAGUAAUAAUGAGGAAAAUUCCUACCAUCUUUUCUUCCAGUGUCCCAAAAGUAUCGAGUGUUGGACUAAAGUGGGGCUAUGGCCCAUGUUGCAACAAUGUAUUAGCAAUGGAGGGACGUUCGCUUCUGUUAUUUUUUCUUUCUUGCAGGUUUCAAAUCAUGAUAAUCUAUCUUUGUUCUCCGUCAUUCUUUGGAGCAUUUGGAAAGGGAGAAAUAAUCAUAUUUGGAAUUCCGCGGAAGAACCGACAGAGGUAAUAUGUCAGCGAGCGGCUCAACUUUUGGCGGGAUGGAAAAAUGCUCAACAACAUCGCCAAAACAGUGAGAUUAACAAUCCUCGGUCAAUUGUUACUAGGUGGUGCAAACCUUCUGCUGGUCGUCUCAAGUGCAAUAUUGAUGCAUCCUUCUCCCAGAAUAAGGUAGGCAUUGGUAUUUGUAUUAGAAAUGAUGCGGGUCAGUUUAUUGCAGCUAGAACAGAAUGGUUCUCCCCAUGUACUGAAGUGACUAUAGGAGAAGCCAUAGGACUGUUGUCAGCUAUAAAGUGGGUUAUCAAUUUGGGUUUUGAUAAUAUGGAUUUUGAAUUAGAUGCAAAGCAAGUUGUCGAUGGUGUGAUCUCUGUGAAGCCAAACGACUCGGACUUUGGAGCUAUCGUCAAUGAUUGUAGAAGGUUAAUUACUCUCUCCUUAAGGAACUCUCAUGUUAAGUUCGUUAGAAGACAAGCCAAUGAGGUUGCUCAUGCUCUUGCACGGGUGGCUCCAUCCCUAGCUAGUUUUCACAAUUUUACUGAUAUUCCAAUAUUUAUGGAAUAA